AUGCCAAGGCUAUCAUACUCGCGGCUGGGCUUGACCGGGCUCAUCGACUCCGAUUCUGACGACGCACAAUUUGAAGAGCAGAGCACGAUCAUGUCUCCUGCCCAAGGCAACGAGAACGCCGUCCCCACCUCGGCGAAGAAAGCGCGGGGGCGCCCAAAGGGAUCCGUCUCGAAGGUUGUGAAAGCUCCAAAGUCGCCAGCGAAGAAAGCGAAGAGGCCUGCGCUGAAGGAUAGGACGAAUGCGCCGCCUGCAGGCAGCGACUCGGAGGACGAGGUGGCGGGGCAGUUGCAGGAGGACACGAUCACGAUUGACGAGGAAAUGCCCUCAAUGAGUGAAUUGGAUGCAUCAGCUAUGACUAUACAAAAGACCGUCAAGCCAGUACGCGCUGCGAAGGCUCCCGCAAAGAGGGCUCCCGCCAAAACGACCAAGGCAGCAAAGGCAGCAGCUGCUAAGGCCGAAGAGAUAGAGGGCACGCCGAAACCUGUACCCAAGAAGAAGGCGAACCCAAGUAAACGGCAGUGGGAGGAGGAGGAGGAGAUCCCAGAAACGCAGGUUUCACCUGAAGACCUGGAGGAUGAGGAUGUGGAUAUGCCGACGCCGAUUCCUGUUGUGUACCAGAAUAAGAUGGCCCGCACAGCUACGAACGCACGAAAGCCGACUCUGGGACGUGCCAAGGCUAAGAAUGUGGAGGAAGCUGAAGCGCCUGAACCGACACUGGUACAGCCCAAGAAUCAGCCCAAGAAUGAGACAGAUCUGAGGAAACAGCUUGAGAGCCUGGAUAUGAAGUAUCGCAAUCUCCGCGAGGUGGGGAUUAUAGAGGCCGAGCGCACAUUCGAGAAACACAGGCGGCAGACUGAGGAGAGCAGGAAGAUUGCGGACGGGCUCAUUGCAACGCUGCAGGCCGAGUUGGCCGCACAAACUACACAGAUGAAAGAGUUGAGAUCUUUGAAGAAGAAGGCAAACGCGCAGGAGGGCAAGAUAUCUGAUUUACAGGAGAAGCUGUCUAAGGCAAACACGGACCACAAGGCAGAAGCGGCUACACAGAGUGCACAAGCCAAGGAAACCCGCGAGCUGAAGAGGAAGGUGGAAGAACAGGAAGAUGAGAUAUCUGAUCUUCAACGGAAGCUAGCCCGUGUGAACAAAUCCCGAAGCGAAGAGCACGGCGAGGAGGUAUCAAGGCUAGAGAGGAAACUCACAGUAGCCACCGAGUCUUUAUCCGAUGCACAAAACGAGAAUAGGUCGCUAUCAGCGAAACUCACCGCAGCAAGGGCUGCUGCCGCGUCAGCUGAGAGCAAUGCUCGUGCACCGAGCAGUGCAAAGAAAAGCACGGCUGCGAUCCGCAUGAUGGGUGGUGCAGAGGCCGCAGCAGCUGCACAGGCAGCGCAGCUGAAGGAAGAUCUGUACCGCGACCUUACCGGCCUUAUAAUGCGCAGCGUCAGGCACGAGGAGGAGGAGGACGUGUUCGACUGCAUCCAGACCGGGCGCAAUGGCACGCUGCAUUUCAAGUUUGGGGUUCCGAAUGACAAGAACGCCGACUACGACGAGUCGCAGUGCCACUAUGUGCCCCAGAUGGAUCCAAGCAGGGACGAGGAGCUGAAGGAGUUGCUGCCAGAGUAUAUGUCCGAGGAGCUGACGUUCCCUCGUCCACAGGUGGACAAGUUUUAUGCACGUGUUGUCAAGGCGUUGACUGAGAAGCAUAUGUAA